GGCUUUCUCCUUCUCCCUCCCGCGCUUGGCCCCGCCCCUCUGGGCGUGAUUGACAGCCUCCCCAGUCCACCGCGAGGCCGGACCCGCAGUCGGGGGCGCGAGGGUUGAGCCCUAUCAGCUGCUCCGGGAGAGGCUGGAGUGACGAGCGCCCGGGGCUGCGUUGGGCGUGGGUCCCUUCUCCUUCUCCUUCUUCUUCUCCUUCCUCCUCCUGGUCGUCGUGCCCCGGCCUUGUCGCACCCACGCCGGAGCCGUGGCGGCCCGGGUCUCGGGGCCAAUGCGGGGAGGGCGACGCAAAGAGGGGGCUCCGCCGCCGACGCCUCCGUGGGAAGCCCGCUCCUGCCUGGAGGGACCCACGGAGAACUGAAGGCUCGCCAAAAGAGGCGCCUGGGGUCUCUAGUCCAGCCCCGCCCUGCCCUUCCCCACGCGCGAACUUUGCUCCCUUUUGAGAGCCCUCCCGGAAAAGUGGGGGGGAAAGAGCCUCGUGGGAAAAGACGGCGGCGAGUAGAAGGUCUCUGUGUUGUGAGGGGUCCCUGAGGUGGGACUGGCCAGAAGAUGACAGAGUACAAGCUGGUGGUGGUUGGUGCUGGAGGUGUGGGGAAGAGUGCUUUGACCAUUCAGCUAAUCCAGAACCAUUUUGUUGAUGAAUAUGAUCCCACGAUAGAGGACUCCUACAGAAAGCAAGUGGUCAUCGAUGGAGAAACCUGUUUGCUAGACAUCCUUGACACAGCAGGCCAAGAGGAGUACAGUGCUAUGCGAGACCAAUACAUGCGGACUGGAGAAGGUUUUCUUUGUGUCUUUGCCAUUAACAACACCAAGUCCUUUGAAGACAUUCAUCAGUACAGGGAGCAAAUCAAGAGGGUGAAAGAUUCUGAUGAUGUCCCCAUGGUGCUGGUAGGAAAUAAAUGUGACCUUCCAGCCCGGACCGUGGAAACGCGACAAGCCCAGGAACUGGCUCGGAGCUAUGGGAUUCCCUACAUUGAGACAUCAGCCAAAACCAGACAGGGAGUUGAAGAUGCCUUCUAUACUUUAGUGCGGGAGAUCCGGCAGCACAAACUACGCAAAUUGAAUCCUCCAGAUGAAAGUGGCCCAGGCUGUAUGAAUUGUAAAUGUGUAAUAUCAUGACCAAGGGUCCAGGCAUUGAGGAGGGCAUUCAGUUGACCAGACUGUGACUUGGAGGAGUUUCCACUAUGCUUUGUGCAGAGAUGGAGGUGAUGUGAAAGAAGAAUCAAAUGGAUUCCAGGGAAGAAGACAAACAAGAGGGUAUCUGCAGACCCCAGGAGCUCUGCAUGGACUUUUUCUAAACGUCACCAAGACCUGCAAUGAACUGUUUUUAUUAUUAUUUUUUAAACAACCCCCUCCACAUUCUGCAUUCCCCCCCCCCUUUCCUGGAAAUGAAUACAAAGCCACAGAUAGAAUUUCAGUAAAUUAUUAUAUGAUGGUCUUGACACUGGCUUUUUCAUCUCUGUCCUGAUUCUGAGGACUGAGCUAUCUUCCCUGUCCUCCUCGAGCAGGGAUUGGCAGAGAAGGAGGAAAGCUUACACAGAGCAGGGCUCUUUCUUCAAGCAUGAUGGGUGGGAGCAAACACUGGCUACACAUCAGUUAAAGAAGCAUUUUAGAAAGGAAGAAAACACACUAUUUCUAGUUUGAAUGGUUCUAUGUUUGUAUCUCAGAAAGAAAGUUGUUGUUUGCAAAUCAAGUUUUUAAGCAGUAGCUGGAUGGCCAUCUGUCAGGGGUGCUUGGGUGUUCCUACAUGGAAGGGUUUGGACUGGAUGAACCUUGUGGCCUCCUCCAAGUCUAGGCCUCUUUGGAAAACAUUUCUACUCCCAACUGUCUUGUCAUUCUAGAUUUGCCAGGAAACUUAUCAGUUCCCAAAUAGUUGACAUUAUAUUCUUUGGGUGGGACAAAGAGGCACCACCCAACCUUGUAAACCAGGUUUUAUAUUAAUAGAAAAUGUGCUGUAUCUAGAUCUUUCGCCCAAUCAUCCUGCCUAUUAGUCUUCCCUGAGACAGAUAGAAAAUAGGACCAGUGUCUUUCAUUAAUACACACUGUUGCUGUCUCCGCUAUAGGUUUUCCUUGCAGAGUUUGGUCUCACAAAAGCUCCCUGCAGGUCUGAAUUGUUUCCUCUGGAAUCUAGGCGAGUGGGAAAGAGGGAAUGGCAUUUCAUUAAUGUAUGUCACUUCUGGGUUCUUUUUUCCCUUUUGCAGUUUGUUGGGAGGAUGUCUGUGUGUAAAUGUAAAGAUGGCUAUACAGCAAUUUCCUGAUGGGGUCUGAAGGAACUUUGAUUCUGUAUCUCUCCAUCCACUUUUCACUGAGCCCAUUAUUUUGCUAAUUGGUGGGGUUGUGGGGGGAGGGGCUCAUGUUUCCUUUUGGGGGCACUGGGUGCUAUGCUAUCUCUGUUUUCCUCUCCUAGCCAUUGUGUCUUAUGGGGUGUUGGGAAGGGAGGGGCAUUUAGUGGGCAAGAAAGGGUCACGUGUUGGCUUUCCUAUUUGUUGUAAGCUUGGCCUCUUUUCUGAGCAGUUUUUCAUGCUUGUUGCCUGUGCUGGGGCUGACUUCAUUGACGUGCUUGUUGCGAACUCUGUCUACUUCCUGGGCGGUGGAGCUAGUCUCUGGAGGCAUCAGGGCCUGUUUCCUUGCUCUUGCUCCAAACCCUCCUCCUCUUUCCUUUUGCAGCCGCUGUGCCUACGCUUCCUGCAUGCACAGCUUAGAUCCCUGCUCUUCAGGUGGCAGCUCUUCUGUAUUAACUGUGACUGUACCAAUUAUACUUGCUGUAAUUAAUUUUUCCUCUCCAGUAAGAUAGCAAAUCUGGGUGCUCUCGGCACUGGCUGAAUUAAGGAAAACCAAUCCCUUCCAAUAAUUAGGUAAACAGGUAUUAUUUUUUAAAAGUUUUGGGGAGGUGUAAAAGAGAACCCAAAUCUAGCCUUAAAUGUCAUUAAAAGUGUUUUGUUCUCAGAA